AGACGAACAAGGUCAAGUAUAAGUAAUAUAUUAUCUGAUAAUCAAGAUCUUCAAGGACCUGUAGCUGUACAACCUAAAAGCUGCACAAGGUAGAGGACAGAAUGUUCUUGGCUUUGGUGUUGUUCUCACGCGGCAUGGCAGCACGAAAGAUGAAGAUGUUCAUGGUCAUUUAAGGGUAGGCUUUUGCCGUUCCUGUUGCCCUUAGUUUUGCCUCUCUGUGUGUGUGUCCCUUGAGCCAGAGAGGCAUAGCCAACGGAGUAAUCUAACGACAAAAGCCUGCCGCUAAGUCAUUCCCUUCCUGGCCUGCGUCCUCGUCCUGAAUGCCGUGG